GAAUCGCGAAAACCAGAGCGGAGAACUGCGAGAGAUCGAGAACAGUGGUGAGAGGGAGCGGUGGUGGUGGACGCCAUGGAGGGCCUCGUCGUCCUCGAUGCGAUCUUAGAGAAGCUCGACGCUCGCGAUGUAGUAAUGGUUGCCUGCGUCAGCACUAGACUGCGCUCUUGCGCCUUCGAUGAUUCCCUUUGGCGCCGCUUCUGCGCUCGCGACUUUGGCGUUUCUUCUCUUGUCGCUCCUAAUGGAGAAGCCUGCUUGUCUUUCAAGGCGACUUAUGAGCUAUGGAAUGAAUCUUUUGGUAUGUACCCAUUGCCUCUGGUGAAGAGGACUAAACAAUGUUGGGAAGGGAUUAGUAGUUGGUUAGCUACAAACUUUCCAGAGGCCAAGGAUACAUUGAGGAAAGGUGCUUCUGAAGCUGAACUAAAACUAGUGGAAGAUACACUUGAGUUGAAAUUACCGAUGGCAAUGAGACUUUUAUACCGGUUUUGUGAUGGUCAAGGAACUGUACCUCGAGAUACUUCCGAGCACAGGCGUUUGGCGCCUUUAGGCAUUAUUGGAGGUUAUGAGUUCUAUGACCAUGUGGUCAAUGUGCACCUGUUACCUCUUGACCGUGUUGUUGUUGAAACUAGAGAAUUUGAAGCAGCACUUGGUUCAGUCAAAUCCAAGCGUAUUAUUGUGGCAGCUUCAUACUACGCUGAGAAGUGGUUUUUCCUUGAUUCUGUUGAUGGGCAACUGUAUGUCGGCUCUAAUAAUGUAUCUAUUAAUGGAGAAGCAUUUCCAUGUGUACCUCACACCUUGAUUAGGCCAAGGGUUGAUGACACCAGGGAUGUACCACAAGAUGCAUUAUUGUUGUGGCUAGAGGAGUAUUCCAGACGCUUGCAUAGUGGUAUGAUUCAAGUACGUAAAUUUAGGAAAGCUCGAGUUAUCAAUUUGUUUCCAGAAGAACCUCCUUCCUGUUCUGUGGCCAUCACUAAUGGUGUUAAGGUUCGGGCAUCUAGUGUUCUUGUUCCUGAAGUUUCCAGUGCUACUGGAGAUUACUGCUAUGCAUACUCAAUUCGUAUGUCCCUCCAGCCUGAGGGAUGUUUACUGGAUGGCGUGUACUACCAAUCUUGCCAACUUUAUUCACGGCAUUGGAUUAUCAAAUCUAAGGAUGAUGUUGUAGCUGAUGUGAACGGAGAGGGAGUGAUAGGGAAGUACCCUCUCUUGCUCCCAAAUGGAGAUGAAUUUGUAUAUGAAAGUUGCACACCUUUGCCAGCAUCACCUGGUUUUGUUGAAGGAUCAUUUACAUUUGUUCCUGGCAGGUUGACAAAACCCGAAGGCAGGCAAUUUAAGGUGCAGGUAGCAAGGUUUCACCUUGAGGUGCCGGAGUAUAUCUUUUAAUCAUCAUGUGAAGUGGCUCACUUAUGUAAUUAUUUAUGUAUUUAUUUAUUUCUAGUUUUCUUGUCCUUGAGUCCUGCUUUGUCAUAAAAGGGGGUGUCUGGCUUUGCUGUUGAUUCAAAAUUGCUGCUCAAUAAAUCAAUGACUAUUUGGUUUAGAUUGUAUAAAUGCUACCUGUAUUUCUAUCAAUCAUUGAUAUCUUUUGUGUUGAA